GUGAGAGAGAGAGUGUCAUUGAUCCACAGUGUUGCAGCGUCGCGGCGCAUCUAAACUCCUCCCGGUCAUUGCGCGGACAUCAUGUGGCCAACAAAAGCCUGACACCCGCUCACCAGGGGAACCCUAUAUAAGCUCUGCAGCUGUCAGGUGGAGGACACUGGCUGCUUUGCGCUGGGGGAACGACUCGCUAUAGGGGAAUUACGCCUUUUAGAUACCCACAGAUCCAAAAAAAAAAUUGUAACAAUGUCUUGGGGAUACGGAGCAGACAACGGACCUGAGAAAUGGGUUGCUAACUUCCCUAUUGCCGAUGGACCCCGCCAGUCUCCCAUUGACAUCGUACCUGGUGAAGCAUCAUUCGACGGAGGUCUGAAGCCGCUCAAGCUGAAGUACGACCCCUCCACCUGCCUCGAUAUCCUCAACAAUGGACAUUCCUUCCAAGUGACAUUCGCAGACGACUCCGACAGCUCAACUCUGACAGACGGGCCCAUCUCAGGGAUCUACAGGCUCAAGCAGUUUCAUUUCCACUGGGGAGCUUCUGACGACAGAGGCUCUGAGCACACCGUGGAAGGGACCAAGUAUCCUGCUGAGCUGCAUCUGGUGCACUGGAACACCAAAUACCCCAGUUUUGGUGAGGCUGCUGGCCAACCUGAUGGGCUCGCUGUCGUUGGAGUAUUCCUGAAGUGUGGUGACGACAACGCCAGUCUCCAGAAGAUUCUGGACGCCUUCGAUUCCAUCAAGGCCAAAGGCAAGCAGACCUCCUUCUGUGGCUUCGACCCCACUGCUCUGCUCCCCGGUAGCCUAGACUACUGGACAUAUCUGGGCUCUCUGACCACACCUCCUCUGCUGGAGAGCGUCACCUGGAUUGUCUGCAAAGAGCCAAUCAGUGUCAGCUGCGAGCAGAUGGCCAAAUUCCGCAGUCUGCUCUUCUCCGCUGAGGGCGAGGCCGAGUGCUGCAUGGUGGACAACUACCGUCCUCCUCAGCCGCUCAAGGGUCGCUCUGUCCGUGCUUCCUUCCAGUAAUACCCCCCUCCCCCCUUUUCUCUUACCCUUUUUCUGCCCUGUUGCCCUCUCCCUUCCCCCUCCUCCCUUUAGUCAGACACCCGGAGUUACCUCUCUAUCGAGCCACAAAGCACACAUAUCUCUCUCUCCGUCCAAAUUUUUUGAAAAGAAAUUAAAAUUCCUUUCCUUUUUCUUUUAAUGCCGGGCAGUUCAACUGUGAGAUGAAGCACUUACAGGAUUUUCAUCUCCGUUUUGUAUGUGUGCAACAAGCCAGCAAAGAUGCCCUGUCAUAAUUUAUUUCGUAUGACAAACACUUCACGGAGGCUGUGACACGUUUACUCGGAUUUAGCAUCUGGUGACAGAUAGAAGUUUUUUUGGAAACGUUACACCGGUGUGUGCAGAUCUUCUUUGUGUCGGGCCAACAAAAACGCUACAAAGAUGAUGAAUUGUAGCCAAAAAUGUUCUCUCUCUAGAGCCAGCAGGAAGCAGAAAGCAUGUGUUAGUUGCAACAGACAGGGGGAGGAGGAAAUAUAUAACCUACUGUGAGGAUUGCACAGACACAUAACGCUCCCGCUGCCAGUCCGUCUGUAAUCUCUGACCGACUGCCAGCCCGGCCUCUGCAUCACAGCAGCUUAAUGAAACACUGCAGCCGCCUCCAUCACAACAAUCCCCCUCACACAACAUCGCACACUCUCAGACAUGAUGCCUAUAGGCACUGACCUGCUUAUUGAUUUAAAUUCAGUGUGCAGCAACAAAGGGCAUGAGGACGUGCAACUGCUGCCUAGCUCAUAACGAUGGCUUAUUUCUCUAAAUCUUCACGUGCGACACCCCGUGUUGUGUCAUUAUUAUGUUUUUGAUUUUUUUGUCUCUGCCUGAAAGCUUAUGCAAAAUAAGUCUUAAGUGAUGAUUCCUGAAUUAUGUUUUGUAACCAAAAGAUGCAUUUUUGGAUGCCCUGGUAAUAUAGCAAUAGAGAGGAAUGAUCCUCCUUUACCAAAUGAAAUGAAAAUCCUUCUAUGUGUUUGUUUUGCAACCCCAUCGUGUCGAGUGCUAAAGCUUAAAAACGCACAAUCGCCUUGUGGCCGAUGCCAUAGUGGCUGAGCACAAAGCCAAGGAUGAAAUUACUCUGCCAAGAACGCUGAUGUCGAGAAGAAUCUGCCAGUAGAUUAUAGAUUAUAGCAACAGCCUGGUGUCGGGCCCUGAGUAGGAGAACAAGUAGUCGUGAAAACCUUUGGUGUUAGCCCUGUAUGCAUUUGUGAAACAAAGCUGAUGUACUUCCAGGAAGAUUGUAAUUAACAUAAAGAAAAGAAGAAAACGCCUUUUGCCAAACAAUGUUAGGGCCAUCCCGUGAGAAUGUGUUGUCAUUCUAUUUUGGAAGUGGACGUUUUACUAGUUGAAUAAAUAUAUUUUAUGACUAACAAACAUCAA